GAAGUAAGUCCUAGUACUUGGGAUCUUGUUAUCCUGUGUUCUGGAAGUGGUCAGUGUGAUUAGUGUUAGUGUAUGGUUUGGUGGUCUCUAAUGUUUUGAAAACAGAAGUAGCCUUUCUUUGAUUAGGAAUUUAGUUAUCUUACUCAAAGUGGGAAAAGCACAUAAUGCUGCAUUUUCUGCUGAAAGUUGCUUAUAUGUAACAGGUGCUUAGCAGACUACUUGGUAAGAUAUUUGUUGGUUAUAACUUCCUAACAAUCAGUCCCAUUGUGUUAGUGGGGCUUUUGUGGUUGGUUUGCAAAAACAGUGACAUGGAUCAGCUGAAAUGCUUUGUGCUUUAUACAUAAAGCAUUAUGAACACUGUGGAAACCAAGUUAAAAUAAACAGUGCAAACUUGUAGGAAUAACUGGACUUGCAGUUUCCGUGCAUCCAAAAGCCCAGUUUGUUGAGACUGCAAUCAAUAAGUGAAUUACCUUACAACCCUUUCAUUGUUCAGACGUUUUAAAGUCAUUUCAUCCUAAAUACUUCCUCAGUCUUUAGUCAAGGUGUAGAUGAAUUGGCUUCCUCAGCUGUUGCUACAUAGCCUAGCAAGAGUUGGAUUAUAGUGCUAUAGGGUUGCUCUGUGGGACUGAAUAAUCAGAAAUGCAAUACACUGAGGCUGAGUGGGACAUUGGGUAUUCAAGGGCCUACAUUGGUAUCAGUAGCUGGGAAUACUUGGAAACAGGGAAAGGAGAAUGUUUUCAAGAAAUUUCUGGUACAAAAUCUCUAAAAGACUAACUUUAGGAAACAGACUAAAUUUAGGAAAUAGUGUCAGAUAAAGCUGCUGCUUUAGUCAUCUUUUCUUUGAUGCUUUGUUUAGAUGUUUAUUUUUCCAGUGUAAAUUUCAGAAGUUAAAAUUGUUUCUGGUCGUAGUUUACCAUUUUGCCUGUUCAAAGACCGAAGUGAUGGCUCUUUAAAAAUUGGGUUUGACCAAAGCUCUUUGUUUUCAGGGAAAAAUAUAUAAAAGCUUUCUGAGCCACAGUCUUUUAAAGGGAGGAAAGGUUAUCAGUAAAAUUGGGCUUUCUGACCGCAUGCAUCUUCAACUGGGCUUGCCUUCUAUUAAUGUAGUACAUGACAGAGGCAUUUGACUAUUUUUAGCUGCCCCAAUAAGCAUAUAAUGUAUAGGUAAAUGCCAACAUCCAUAUAAUUUUUCUAGGGGCAAAGGCCAUUUUUAUUAAAAAUCUAGGCCUAGACCCUAGUUGUUAAAUUCACUGAAUAAACCACUGACUGCAUUUAAAGCGUUUGCCUUAGCAAAUUUGACUUAAAAUGUUUAGUUCCUUACUGACUAGUGAAUUCAGUUAUGCCAACUAAUACACAGAAUCUAAGAAUCCCAUCUCGCACACAUUGGUGAUGCCCUGGGUGGAGUAUCAACAGCACCAACCGAUAAAAGAGCACAAGAGAAGUGGGGAACAUCUUGAGUCCUAUUGGACGUGAUAGCGUUUCUUGAUAUGCCACAGUGCCUUUAUGGCCAGUUUGAGUCCUGCCUACUUCAGCCUUUAUGUUCCCACUCCUCCUGUGUUAACAUUGCUUUCAUCUUGGAUACCCUUUUUUUUUUCUACUUUGUUAACCUAUUUUAUGCUUUAUCUCAAUAAAACGCUUACCAAGGGAAAGACUUGUUCUGAGUUUAUUGUGUUGUCCCUUGGCACCAAGUACUUGGCCGGUAGUUUUUUGAGUUCUAGUUACCAUUGGCUAGUAGUUGAUAUGUGCUCUUAUUUUAGCUCUAGAGGGCAGAGUUUGGGGACAGUAGAUAGUUUGUCUUACUUUCCUGUAUUUACUCUUGUCCAUUUUUAUCUUGUGGUUGAUACUUUCAACAGUUUUUCAAAUUAGGAAAUUUUAAAUACUUUGCAGAUCCUUAAUCUAUGUCCUUAAUCCUGGGCACUCUAGGCUUUACAGGUUUAGCUUUCAAUACCAUUGCAUUUUCUAUUGCUUAAUGUUGUUCUCAAAAGCCUCACCUGUGGUCGAUCUGAUUUCAUAUACAUGGUGGAGUUCCUUGUUUUUCUAAGAAUGAUCUAGGGCUUGAAGCAUAGCUCAGGAUGCAGCUUUCCCUCACAUAAAUAAACUAAUAGGGACUCAUUAUGGUGGUAGCAUGGGAGGCUAAAGCAGGAAGAUUGCUCUGAAUUUUAGGCCAGCCGGUAUAAUUAGCAAGAUAGCUUGUCUGAAAAAAAAAUACUUGGAAUAUAAAAUUUUUUAGGUUUAGUUACUAAGGUAGACACUAUUUAAGGUGUCUUUAUUUCUUAGACUGGUCUCAAACUAACCAUGACUUUGGACUUGUAAUGUUAAGGCAGUAUCAGUGGCAUGUAGUAUCACAUUUGUACAUGUGCUUGCCCCUUUUUUCUUAAUACUGUAUUUAGGGGCUGACCUUCAGCUCAGCAAUCCUCCCGCCUCAGACUCUUGAUAAUUUUAAAUUUCUAACCACAAGUGUAGCCUUUCCUAAAAGGGUGGGUUAGUACAGUUAUCUUCAGAUCCUAAAUAAAUAGCCUUUGUGGUUAGACCUGACUCUCAGUAGUGAUUCCCAGGCUCCUACUGUAGCAGUUAAUAAAGUAAUGGGCACUAGUUUGACCAGAAAGGAGUUUCAGUUCCAAAAUAAAAUGUAAACAAAGGGUGAUGCAGCGAAGUCCACCUGAUUCCUUGGAGGAAGUAGGACAUGCAGGUAUUACACUCUACUUCGGAGAUGCUUCUUGACAGCAUGAGUAAUAGACAUGGAGUAGUCUGAAUCUCCCAGGGCUCUGAUUCCAGUACAUUAGCUCUCAGUUAACAAAAUCCCCAAACAUUUUGGGUUAGGAAGUGACAAACUGCAGAAGGAUGUUUUUGGGGGCUUUUGUGUACAAAAUAGGUUUCAUUAAUGUUUUGGGAUGAUCACUCUGAUCUAGGUGACCUCAAACUCAGUAGUUUAAGAUGCCUCAGCCUGAGAGCUGGGAUUAUAGACGUGCCAUGACACUUGACCAUUGCUGUUAACUUUUACAGUGAAUUUAAAACACCAGUAAGAAUAGUGGGAUAAACCACCACCCACUUAAGCUUUAACAGUAUAUAUACCUGUGUGCUUUCAAUUUUGAAGGUAACUCUAGGCAUUUAAUAAUGGUAAUGCUAUAGUACAUAGUUCUAGAGGGCAUAUAAAAUCUCUUUAAGCCCUGCCAAGUGUGGCCAAAGCCUGUAAUCCAACACAAGAUGAUUUUUGAAAUUGGGGCUGUGUAGAUAGGUAAGUUUGCCCUCAAAUGGAGGGUGGGUUUAUAAACAUUUUUCCGUUGCCCCAUAAAGAUUGAAGUAGCUAGGUCAUUGUGUAUUUUUUCAGUCUUGAUUUGCUCUAAUUAAGUAUAUCCGGUGCCUUGCAUUUGCUGUAAAUGGAUAGGUUUUAUUUUUCACAGAUGUUUACCUAAAUCAACAGCUGGGAAUUGUUUGAAAUGCAGCUUCUCAGGUCCUACCCUGGACACACUGAUCCAUCCAGAAAUACGGGUUUGAAACCAGCCUUACAUGUCCUAAUAAGCUCUCAUAUGAAAUUGUCAGGGGAGUGUUGGUGUGGACUUCCUGCACCAGGCCCAACAGAGCAGAGGGGAAUCACUCGUGCUCAGGUUUGAAGUCAUGCAGAAAACAGAGUUGUUUAUUUGGCCUCUCAAGAAAUGAGAGGUCUUCACUCAGGCCAAUCCUAGCUGACCUGAUAAAGAAGCCCUUCUGCUUUGGCCUUUAUGAGAAAAGGAACACUUUGAAAUGAAGGACCCCCAUCUUACUCUGGUCCUUCAACCCUCUGCCUAUGAAGCCAGUUCUGCUCAGUUCAUCAGAGCACUUGAUUUCUAAAGUAGAUGGUGCCUAUUUCUAGAAGUAGAAAAAAAAAUUAUAGAUUUAUUAUACUAGUUUCAUUUUAGUUGUGACUGCACUCGGUUGAGUUCCCCUAACAGAACUUUACCUUCAUACAAAGGUAUGGACCUGGGUUGUGCUUGAGUUAGCACUUUUCUAGCUGUGGGUUUGAGACCCUGCAGUCCUAAACAUGACUACCAUCACAGAUCACUGCUACAUGUUCCGGUCAUCAAGUUCCAUUUGGCCCUGCUACCCUAGAUCCUGCCCUGGAGCUAAGUGUGGUGGCACCUGCCUAUAAAUUCAGUACAGUUGAGUCACAGGCCAGGAGUGUUAAUGGUUGUAGUGCUGGCAGCACAUUCAGUACCUGGCACUGCAAAAAGAUGGAGAAAAUAGCACCACGCCCAGAUUUUCAGGAAACUGCUAUGUAACUGAACAAUCUGUGGUCUUCUUGGGUCUGUGUUGACCACAUUCCAAACCUCUACUUGAGAACCCGGUGUUUUGUGGCAUUCUAUAGUGUUAGAGAGCAAAGUUGCUGAGACUUUAUGCAUUCCAGAUAGGUGUUCUACCACAGCUAUAUUCCUGACUUGUGGUAUUUUUUUCUUACAUUAUUAUGAAUGUGGGUGUCAGUUCAGCAGUUCUCCUACCAUUUGGGUUCUAGAAAUUGACCUCAAAUGACCAGAACUGGCAGCAGGUGCUUUUAGCCCCUGAGCCAUCACCUGGCCACCUCAGUGGUAUUCUGAUGAGGACUAGGAUUCCCUCAGCAAUACACAUCAUUUCCUCUUCCACCCUAAGACACCAUUUGAUGAUUACUAUGCUUCAACUUUUUUUUUUUUAAUUGAUUUUUCGAGACAGGGUUUCUCUGGUUUUGGAGCCUGUCCUGGCACUAGCUCUUGUACGCUUCAACUUUUUAAAGGCACGAAGGGCAAGUAAAAAUCAUAGAUGGUUGUUGGGACCCUUUUUUAAGGCUUAAGUGGUUGCAGUGCCCAGCUCAGGGAGCUGGAGAUGCAUUGGCUAACCAGUCUUCUCAAUGAGUAUUAAAACCCUAGAGUUCCUAAAUUAGGCCUUUAUGUAAGGGGCUGUCCCUUCCUUUGGACUACUUAGGCAGCUAGAUGGUGGGUCUCAUGUCCAUACUUAUACUAGUCUGUGCAAAGAAGAUGGGCACACAGGGAGGAAGAAGGAACAUCUUCGUUCUUCCCCUCGGUGUAUCUUACUGGUGUCACUGAUCUUAACAAUGGGGCUUGAGAUUGUAGGGCUGGAUAGACUUAAGCAUCUACUCUCACCUUGUCUUGAGUCUGCUCAGUUGAAUUAACCUACCUAUCCAGAGUAUCUGGAACCUACAUUUCUGAAGGGCCAUAUACUGAGUCAUGGCUGUCCCAUCACUUUUUAUUUCUCUGGUCCUCUGUUCUUUCAGAGAUCCUGUACUACUCAGACCCCAGGCUUCCACAGUCUGUGGAUUCAAAAGAAAUGAUGCAGCAUCUGCAAUCUGAGGCUGGGCUCACAAGCCAAAUUGUGAGCUUCCCUUCCUCUGUGAAAGCUUACAGGGGGGUCAUUGUUUUGGAUUGAGCUCCAGCAGUGAACCCUAAAAGAAUAGACUAAGAUGGGGGUACUGGAGAUGUGGCUCAACAGGUAAAAGCACUUUCUACCAAGCUUGACAACCUGUUCAGACCUUGGAACACAACACGGUCAAAAGAGCUACGUGUUGUCCUCUAGAUGUGUAAACAUGACAAUAGACCAAAGUGGAGGAGUUAUUCCUGGUAAAAGUUCUGUUAACAACCCAAAUUAAGCUAUUUGGCUGACUUUCCAAGAAAUCAGGUGAAAGCAAAAUUUCCAAAACAAACCAGCCCCAGCAGCCUCAAUAGAUAAAGCAGUCUAGGGCUAGGGAGAUGAGUCAGUGGUUAAGAGCACUGGCUGUCCUUCCAGGGGACCCAGGUUCAAGCCCCAGCACCACAUAGUAACUCCAAUCCCAGGGUAUCCAGGCACACAUGAGGAACAAACAACAUGCAGUCAGAGCACCUUUACAUACAAAAAGUCUGAGGGUGACCUGUUAACACUAUGGUACCUUGUUAUGUUGCCCAGGUACUCAAGAAAUCUUGCCUCCAUUACCAGGACUACAUGAAUGUGCCUUUGAGCCCUAUACUCUUCAAACUGUACUGGUACCUCAAGUCGGUGUAGACAGGUCUGCUGAUGGUUAAAUGGGCAGGUUCCCAUGACUGGUGUUCUGUCUCUUUGGAGUAGUACAUUUAAUUGUACAAGUAAAUCACUUACCCAGAACCAAUUUUUGCUUUGCCUUUCUUGCUUCAAUAUGACUGCCAAGAGGGUAGGCCCAGGGAGAUGGCUCAGCAAGUAAAAGCUUUGCCAUGCAUACUUGCAAGCUUGGCAUUAGGAGGUCGAUCCAUGCACGUCAUGAUUUAAGAAAAGAACUGAUUCCCAAAAGUUGUACUCUGACCUCCGUUCAUGAGACAUGGCACAUGUAUACCUUCACUCACACAUCAUUUACACACAAUACUUUCUAAAGAGUAGUGUGUGCAUGAUUCCUAGUGCAUGUGGUAUGAGUUCAGGGAGUCAAUCCUCAGAUGACAUGUCUCCACUAAGCAUCCAAAUAAGGAAAAAUGCUUCCUGAGCCCACCCCAAAUGGCCUAUGUAUUUUCCUAACCUGUAGUCUAAUGAGGUAGUUGCCUAAUUCUUGGUCCCCAAAGACCAAAUUUGUCUGUCACCUUAAGAGCCUGAAUAGUGGCUAAAUUGAGCUUUUUACUCAUACCUGUAAUCCCAGCUACUUGGGAGGCUGACAUAGGGUUACAUUAGCGAAACUGUCUCAAUAGGACCUUUUUUCUAAAAGAAGGGGUUUGGGGAUGUAGAGUUUGGUCUAGUAUGCAUGGAUUCUUAGGUUCUGUUCCCAGUAAAGAAUUUAGUAUGGCCAUCUGGAAAGAAUGGGACCAGCCUCCUAGACUCCUUCAAGAUACUAACAGAAGCUUGAGGGCUACUCCAGAAAGACAGAACUAGGGGUAAGAAAAACACACAGCCAAGUAGCCUUGGUCAUCCAGGGCUAAUUCUGUGGGGUUAUUGCUGUCACCACCUGGGGAAUCAUUGAGUGGGCAGCUAAGUUCUGACAUAAGAUCACCAGCCUGUGGCUGGGCGAUGGUGGCACAUUCUUUUAAUCCCAGCACUUGGGAGCCAGAGGCAGGCAGAUCUCUUUGAGUUCAAGGGCAGCCUGGUCUACAAAGUUCCAGGACUGUUACACAGAGAAACCUGUCUCGUACCACCACCCCCCCCCAAAAAAUUAACAGUCUGCAGGGCUUUCUGGAAGUCAAGGUGAGCUGAGGAGAAAUGAUUUAGAACAAGCCAAAGGGAAAAAAAAUGGAGUCAGUUAAUAAUGACUGUUUCCUCCAGCAAGGGACAGUUUGAAAGGCGCCCCCACUCAUUCAGAAAAUGAGUGAUCUUUAGACAGGGAAUUUCAGUUCCAAGUCCACAAUACCACAAAGACUUAAUGCCCUAUCUGCUGUCACUGUGAGUGAUAAAAUCGAAGACUCCAGUCACUCGGGCCUCACCCUACCCCUCCAUGACAAGAGAUGUCAGGACAGAGUUGCUUCCCUGUGUGCUGCUCCUGAUUCCCCCUUACAAGUGUGAUUAACAACCCUGGCUAUACUGGAACUCUGUAGACCAGGCUGGCCUUGAACUCAAGAGAUCUGCCUGCCUCUGCAUCCUGAGUGCUGUGCCACCACCACCCGGCUCCCUUGUGGUAUUUUAGCCUUUUUAGGUGUCUUUAGACAGGGAAUUUCUGUGUUAAAAGAAUUCCCAAUUUGCAUAGUCUGAUGUGUUUGGGGAAGCAGAGAUGUUUUCACGUGAAGGGCAGAACCCUGCUAUUCUGAGAUCCUUGGACUACUGCAACAGUGACUUCAACUCCUAGUGAAACAGGAAGAAUGGGCUUCCUCCAAACAAGUUUCUUCCAUGCUUCUCUAUGCCAACACCAUCUGGGCCCAAUCUUGGGAAGGGGGGUGGAAUAUGAAGGAAGCAUUGGACUUGCUCACUCUCUUCUUUAAGCAAACUGGGACCAGCAGGGUAAACAGCAUAGGGGCAGAGCUGCCCAUAUCACAUCAGCUUGGAAGGGGCUCUCCAUCCCUGGGGCGUUGGAAUGAACAACAGGUAUUAAGACCAAUGAGAUUGUAAAUAGGCAGAAAAUAGCAACUGAAAUCUAUAUGAGCUGUUUUUGAAUCCCACCUGCUCAAAUUUCAUGCAUCAGUUUGAAUCACUAAAAGAUGGAUUUGUUGUUGAGGAAUCAUGUGUUCUAAUAGGUUUAACCAUUUUAAUACUUAACCAUUUUUGAAUCUUAAAUAAGCAUAGUCUGAAUAAAAGAAAACAGCAAUGGUUGUGUGUUGGUGUGUUUAAAGAGGCUUCUAUGAUUAUGGCAGUCCCCAUCCUUUUUCUAACUAAUCUUGUCCCUAAGAACAAAAAUGUUCAGAACUGUUGAGACCAGACAACACAUGUAAAGAAUAGUUCAAAUUUAAACUGUUUGCCACAACAUUUGGGAGAGUUUACUGUUUAAGUAAGAACUAUUUUUCAUCUGGACUAGGAAUCUAAAGAUUUGGCUGAUGGCUACCACCUAAGAGCCAAAUAGACCUCUUUCCUUCUUGGCAAAAUAAGGGGGUAAAAUUAAAACCUGUGUGUAAGAAGGAAGUGGGGCACUGAAGAGUCAACAGAAAGACAUUUGUUCAUUAGUACCCACUGUGCUAGGAACUGGGAAUACUAAGACCUGGUGGAUUUCCUUCAUUCUAGAGCGCAGGGUCUCCUAAACUCUUGAAAUACUCGUUUCUAUGACGUUACAGCCAUGGUACCAGAAUAAGAACCAAUAAAGCAGAGGUCUGGUAGAGUGAUGAGCUCAGGAAAUGGAAGACACAAGAGGAGCCAGUGUCCUGCUUGAAUCAACACUGAAGGAGCCAUUACAGAACUCUAGAACAUGGCUUGACAGUCUUCCAAUGUUGAACGGAAGCACAGGAGUACAGUGAUGUUCCCAGGUCACCCAAAGGCUGGCACAGCUAGGGUCCUUCAUGCCAGGCAAGCCCAAGGCCAGACGCCGCGUGGUGCCAAGCUUCCUUCAUCUGGAUGUGCGUGCUCUUCACCCAUCCUAGGAGAGUUUUCCGAAAAUCCUGAAAUCCCCUUCUCCAAAUGGGGGACCCAGGUGUAUACAGGGGUGCGCCUUGCCUGGUACAGAUCACUCAGCUGGAGGUCCAUCAGGCUGGCUGCCGCUCCCGGCUCCGUGGUUCCCAGAAUACUGUAAGAAUCUCCACCCACUUCUCCCGCGAAGCUAACGGGUCCUGUGGGGAAGAGGCAAUUAAGCCUGCACCCCCAGAGCUCCGACAAAAGCAAAAGCUGCAACCUGGGUCCAUGGCCGCUCAGACCAGGCGGCUUAAGCAGCUUCCACGCCGCGCUCUGCAGGGAACGGACCCGCCCCCCUGUGUGCGCAGGCGCGCGCCACACCGGGCGCCCUCGGUCACUUGGCGCGGGCUGCACCCGCAAGCCUUGCAGGUAAGCACGGGUCGGACUCGGGCUGGGGGCUCCCGGUACGUCACACCCCGGUCCCGGCCGGCGUGGCGAGUGCAGGUGUCCUGAGGGCCCCACCCCAGGUACUUUCUCAGUUCCUGGCGCACUGGCCGCGGGCUGGGGAGGUGGCUCUGCAGUACCAGGGCUGGGCACUCCCUUUGGGGGCUGCGGGAUGCCGGGCGAGCGAGCCCACCGGCACUGCUGUCGGCAUCCAGAGCCGCGGGGAGGGCAGAGACUCGGCCUUGCAAAGAGAUGCAAUCAAUUAAGAGUUUCCGUUAAUGAGAGGGUGUGGAGGGCGAGUUCGGGUUUCCAUAGGCCAUUUGGCAAACUUUCCUCUGUCCCUGAUUUUCAAUAUUUUUUAACAGAAAAUUGGAUUUUUAAAAAAUUGGCUAUAAGCGGGGGGGAAAAAAAAAAAACCUAAAAAAUUCCGCCAUUUUGGCGUUUAAAAAAAGUAACCCUUCUGCAGAGCAAAUGGAUCAGUGACCGCCCCGCCUGCAACUGUCUGCGUUAGUCGAGGGAGGCGGGUGGUGGGUGGGCUUAGACACUCCAACAGCGCAUUCCACUCGCUAGCGUCUACAUUAGCUUCGGCAGAGACGAGCCAGGGGAAGCCCCUCCAAGUUUUCUGUGUGCCUCCAGAACUAUCUCUCUUCUUCCCAACACCUACCACCAGGGCAUUUAUUGGGUGUCUGCUGUAUACAAGACAUCAAAGGGCUCUGGGUGGAGUGUGUGUGUAAAGCCUGACAGACGGAAUGAAUACAUUCCAAAAUUGUUUAUUGAGCACUUGCUAUGUGCAACUACUCUCGUUUUAAGUAGGAUUUCCUGGAAACACAGAUUUAAGUGUAGGUUUAUGGGCGUAGCCCUGUGAAGCCAGCAAGAUGGAACAGAGAUGGUGAAAUACCGAUACAGUCUCAACAGAGCUUCAGCCUGGGGAGCAGGAAUCCCUAGACUUGAGAUGGCCCUGCAGAGAUGCCUCAAAUGAAGAGGACCCAGGUUCAAUUCCCAGCAACCCCAUGGUCUCUGACAACCAUCUGGAGCUCCAGUUUCAGGAGGAUCAGAAGCCCUCUUCUGGCCACAGCAGGGAGGAAACUCUUGGAGAUAAAUGAAUACACAAGAACAACAAGAGAGAAAGGGAGGGUGGGCACACGACAGCAGCCAUUGCAACUUGACUUUACAAGUAGGCAGUGCCCAUGGUAUUGGCUAGAAGCUGCCCAACUCCCUGGAGUUUCUGUCUAACGGGAGAGGAUUGCUGUCUGUCGAAGGCCUGCUGGUAUCAGUACUUCACAGCCAGCAUUUACCAAAGCCCCUUCAGACUCAUCUGGAUGGAGGGACACACGGAAAUGGAGGUGCUAAGGACACUGAAGGGGUCUUCCACAGGGGAGGUCAGUGUGCACCUGAUGGCCAGAGACAGCGCAGGUCCCCGUCCUCACCUGCCUGCAACUGCCUUUAUUAUUCCUAGCAAUGCAACUACCCUUAGUCUGCCCAGCCCGGCUUCAGCGGUGUCCUAUCCCCGAGAGCCAGCCCAUGUAGGUGCCCUGGAGCGAGUGACUAGCAGCGAACCAGUUACUGCCACCAUUCUGCCACAGCUAAGCACCGGGCCAGGGACCAAUAGCACAGUCAGGCUCCUGGAUUGGACAGGAGUUUGCACACCUUCAGCUGGGAGUGGCCUACGGUUCCGAAUAAGCGAAUAUGCGCCAUUGAACAUGAUGGGAGUACAGCGACCGCCAAGCCCGGAACGGCAGCGAGAAAGCCUGUUCGGACAUGAAGGUGGCUCUACAGAAGGCAAUACGGGCACCCAGUACCCUGAUGUCCGCCAGGACCCUCAAGAAGACACCUCUCAGGAACCCCCAGAAGACGCGAGCUCCAGAGAGUACCAGACUUUUGGGCCUCAACAAAGCACUGCUCCAGACCUUGGUUCUUCAGAUGACCACCACCCUCUGCCUUUCCAGAAGCGGUCAGUCAUAGUAGAGAACUCGGGCUGUGCGGUCGCUUCCGAGCUCCUAAAGCCCAUGAAGAAGAGGAAACAUAGGGAGUACCAGAGCCCAUCAGAGGAGUCAGAAACAGAGGCCAUGAAGCAAGAAGGAAAAGAUCCAGAGAGUCAGCCUACCACCAGCACCCCAGAGGGUGAAGAGUGGAGCCGAGGCCAGCUGGUGUCAGAGGAGAAGAAGGAAGGCUGGUCCUGGGAGUCCUACCUGGAGGAGCAGAAGGCUGUCACUGCCCCAGUCAGCCUCUUCCAGGAUUCCCAGGCAGUCGCCCCUAACAAGAAUGGCUUCAAACUGGGCAUGAAGCUGGAAGGCAUUGACCCUCAACACCCGUCCAUGUACUUCAUCCUCACCGUGGCAGAGGUGUGUGGCUACCGCCUGCGCCUGCACUUUGAUGGGUAUUCUGAGUGCCAUGACUUCUGGGUCAAUGCCAACUCCCCUGACAUUCAUCCUGCUGGUUGGUUUGAGAAGACUGGCCACAAGCUGCAGCCUCCCAAGGGUUACAAGGCAGAGGAGUUCAGCUGGAGCCAGUACCUGCGCAGUACAAGAGCUCAGGCAGCCCCCAAGCACCUGUUCGUAAGCCAGGGCCAGAGUUCUCCCCCAGUGGGCUUCCAGGUGGGCAUGAAGCUGGAGGCUGUGGACCGCAUGAACCCAUCCCUCGUCUGUGUGGCCAGUGUGACCGAUGUGGUAGAUGGCCGCUUCCUGGUGCACUUUGACAACUGGGAUGAUACAUAUGACUACUGGUGUGAUCCCAGCAGUCCCUACAUCCACCCAGUGGGCUGGUGCCAGAAGCAUGGAAAGCCGCUCACCCCUCCACAAGACUAUCCAGACCCUGAUAGCUUCUGCUGGGAGAAUUAUCUAGAAGAAACUGGGACCUCAGCUGUGCCCACUUGGGCCUUCAAAGUGAGACCCCCUCACAGCUUCCUGGUCAACAUGAAGCUGGAGGCUGUGGACCGCCGGAACCCAGCACUGAUUCGGGUAGCCAGCGUGGAAGAUGUGGAGGACCAUCGGAUAAAGCUCCACUUUGAUGGCUGGAGUCACAACUAUGACUUCUGGAUCGACGCCGACCACCCGGACAUCCACCCUGCAGGCUGGUGCUCCAAGACAGGACAUCCCCUGGAGCCUCCUCUCCGGCCCAGAGAAUCCAGCUCUGCCUCACCCGGGAGCUGCCCCACGCUUAGCCACAGGAGCCCGCCCCACACAAAGCCCUCCAAAUACAGCUUUCACCAGCGGAAGUGCCCUACCCCUGGCUGUGAUGGCUCUGGCCACGUUACAGGCAAGUUCACGGCUCACCACUGCCUCUCUGGCUGCCCGCUGGCCGAGAGGAACCAGAGUCGGCUGAAAGCGGAGCUGUCCGACUCAGAGACGGCAGCCAGGAAGAAGAACCUGUCUAAUUUGUCCCCAAGGAAGAAGCCCCGCCAUCAUGGCCGGAUUGGACGUCCUCCAAAGUAUCGCAAGAGUCCACAAGAAGAUUUUCAAGCCCUUCCUCCCAGUGUGGUGCACCAGUCCCUCUUCAUGUCCACCUUGGCCACCCACCCCGAUCGCUCAUUCUCUCUCUGCUGGGAGCAGCACUGCAAGCUCUUGCCAGGAGUAGCAGGUAUCUCAGCCUCCACGGUCUCCAAGUGGACCAUUGAAGAGGUCUUCGGCUUCGUUCUGACCUUGACGGGCUCUGAGGACCAAGCACGCCUCUUCAAAGAUGAGGUAAGGUACCAGUGCAGAGGGACAGAGACAACGUUGCUGCCAUUGAGAUGGCGGAAAUCCAUUACCCUCACCAGCAUUACCCGAGCCCGAGAGGGACCUCUAAUGCCCUGCAAGGCAAGACCAGUCAUGGUCGCCCGUGUCUGAGAAAUCGUGCAGGGACUGUGGCCCUGCUUGGAGACACUGUGUUCAGAUCCCCUUUGGGAAGGAAGAUGUGUCCUGAAGAAGGAAUCCAUUUGCUCUCAUGCUGUCUUCCCCGGGGCUGUUUGAAUUGAAGUGUUUUACAGUUUGGGGUGCUGGGGGGCAAACACAGCUUCAGCCAGGCCGAGCAGAUACUCUACCACUGAGCUGCAUCCCUGCAUACCACUGAACCCAAAGCAGAUAUUGGGUGGCGUAGGUGUAGAUAUUUGUUGCAGAGAUCCCAACACACGAAAGUUAACUGAUGUGGGAGUCUUCUGUUUUGUGUUGAUUUCAUUGGUUAAAUAAAGAGACUGCCUUGGCCCUUUAAUAGGACAGAAAAUUAGGUAGGCAGAGUAGACAGAACAGAAUGCUGGGGGAAAGAAGCCGAGUCAAGCAGUCGCCAUGAUUCUCCCACUCCAGACAGACGCAGGUUAAGAUCUUUCCUGGUAAGCCAGCUCGUGGUGCUACACAAAAUAUUAGAAAUGGGUUAGAUCAACACGUAAGAGCUAGCCAGUAAGAGGUUAAAACUAAUGGGCCAAGCAGUUUUCUUUAUUAAUUAACCAAUGAAAGCAACAGAUAAAUACAAGACCCAUCUCCAUCAUUUCCCCUUUUUCUGUCUAAACAAAAAAGAAAGGCGUUCACUUUAAUUAACACCCAAGAGCUUAGGGAAGAUAUGAAGCAGUGGGUUAUGGGAAAACGAAUGUCGGGUUGAAGACAGCCUGGGCCAGAAUCCUAGCUCUCCCAGUUUGAACCGCUUGUCUCUGAGCCCACAUCCUCCCGUUUUUAAGAUGGAGGUCGAGCAAGUGCACUGAGGGCUGCCUGGCAGGUCACUGUGAACUUUAGAAACCAGGAGCGAGUCCUCACUGCAGUGUAGCUACAUGAUCACAUCACUGGCCUGUGUGUACAUCUAUCAGGCAACUUUAUAGAGUCAUAUAGAAAUCCCACCACUAUAUCAAAAGCCCAGUACAGGUGAGACCUCUAGAAAUGGUUGGUAGUCUGAUUUUGUGUGCACAGUUGCCCCUAAAUAAAGAACUUUCUUCAUGACUCUCUUAAUCUGUAGAAUUUGAGAGUAGAAGGAGCCCUCAAGUGUGUUUGAGUCUUCCUUCCAAAUCAACAGAAGCAGUCCCUAGCCCAAGGACAGUGUGGGCUCAGCUGCCUAAAUCUGUGCCCUGUAAGAAAGAUGGAUGUCUGUAGCCCCAGCAUGGUCUCCCUCUUCCUGUCUGGAUGUUGGUCUUGCCCCCUGUGUUGCUGAUCUUAUUUGUGCUUGUCUGGGUGUCUAGCUGGACUCCUGUUUCUAGAACCUUCUGACCAACAUGGAGCAAAUGCCUGCUCCAUGGGUGGCUUGUUGGUUUCACUUUCAUUUGUUUGGGGUUUGGUUUGGUUUGGUUUGGCUUUGGUUUUGGUGCUGAGGAUUGAGCCCAGAGCUUCUUGCAAGCUAAGGCUGUUCUUUGCCACUGUUCAGUAUCUAGGCCCUCCACUCCACCAUCCCCAGACGAACUGACUGAGGCGAACACCCAACACCACAAGUUUUAUGAAUGUGUACUUGAAUCCACCUCCAUCAAGACAGACCAUUCCCAUCACACCAGAAAGUUCUGCCUCAGCCCCCACUGGUCAGGCCCCACCCCAAAACAUAAGCACUGUGGAUCAUCGAACCUUUUUUAGCACUGUGGAUUAUAGCACUAUAGGCUGGGCUUGCCUACUCUUAAAUUAUGCAGUGGGAUCAGACAGCAGGGGCGCUGUGGGUCUCUCUCUUCAUUCCCUGUAGUGUUGGGGGACCUGUUGUGUAGUGCUGUGUACACUCUCAGUUUCUCUCCACCUAAUGAACAGGCUGCAGGCCUCCUGUCCAUGGACAUUUACAUGGUUUCCCCUCCUGAGUCCCAUACAACCUCCUUCCUCUGUUCUCUUCCUCUCCCUCCCUCCCUCCUCACACCUGACUUUUCUCCUCCCUGACUAGAAUGUGCACUCAUCAGCCUUCCGCACACUUGCUUUGUCUGCCCUGGCAUGAGGUUGUUAGAUUACAGGCACCAUCGUGAUUCACCCAAGGACUGUGACUCGUGACUUUAUACAGUGUUGUUAUUGCGCCAGCAAUCAGUGGUUGCUCCUCAGGCCAUCCACACCCUGCCCAUAUCCGCAUUUCCUGUUACCUCAGAACAUUUUAAACAGUAGUUCUUGAGCUAAGUAAAACCCACAUAAAUUGUUUCAGGUUUUAUAUAGCUCUUAAAUAACCUCCAUUCUAGGAAGGUAGCCUUUUUCUUCUUUUUCUCAUUUUAUUUUUUCUCAUGACAUUUUUAAAAGUCUAGAAGUGAGGACCAGCAGAUUAGCUAAGUGGAUGGAGGCACUUCACACCAAGCCUAAAGACCUGAGUUUGAUCCCCAGGAUUCACAUGAUGGAAGGAGAGAGCUGACUCCCACAAAUUGUCCUCUGACCCCCACAUGCAUGUCGGGACAUGCGCACAUCCACAUUCACACCCACACCCAUAUAUACACAAAAUAAAUGAUUGUAAUAGGAAAAAAUUUAAUCUAAAGAUCAGAUCCAAAGGCUUCGUUAGAUCCAAGUGUUCUCCGUCUCUCUGAUUUGGGGGCGGGAAAAGGUCGGAGGUAACAGUGCACCCCAUGCCGCAGCACUCAGAAUGCAGCGUCUGUCCAGCUCGCCCUCAGCGGCACUGAGACUGUCCAGUGGGCUCCCAUGGCACUGCGAUGGGCUUUCUCUUGUCUUUGUUUUGUUUUGGCUGCGGGCAUUUCAUAAAUGUGAGAUCACAUGUGUAGAUAUGGAGGCUGUUACCCCGGUUACAGAAGGAGCCCAGGUAGCAUUUUUGAAGGACGAUUAAUGAACGAAACUACUUAGACCACGAGCCUGCCUGGCUUCCUGGGCAGCCUCCCUGCGCCCUGGGCUUAGACAAACCUGGCAUUUGGCUCUGUCCUUAGCUGUCACUAUUUUGAAAGUCUUAAUAACUUUCAAACAAGGGGCUUCACGUUUGCAUUAAGGACGAUGUCCCGCAACUGUAUAGCAGCAGCUGAAUUCUCGAAGCUACUGUUUGUAAGGGCUCCAGGGAGGGUUUUCCAGUAUAGACGCUGACACAGACCUGUUAGCAGAAAGAGAAAGAGAAGCUCUAUGUGUACAGUGGGAGCCAAGCUGUCCUGAUUUCCUUCUCCAUCCCCAUUGCCGUCUUUCUUUCUUCUUUUUCCCUUCCUUGUCCUUCCUCUUUACCCCCUCUUCCUUUCCCACCUGCCACAUGCCCCUUCUCCCCUUCCCAUCCCCACCUCACAUAUCUGCCCCUCCCUUCCUCUCACCUGUCCCCCUCACCACCCUUUCCUUCUCCUCCGACUUCCUCCUCCCUCUCCCGCCCCCUCAGAUGAUUGACGGCGAGGCCUUCCUUUUGCUGACACAGGCGGACAUUGUGAAGAUCAUGAGUGUCAAGCUGGGCCCAGCCUUGAAGAUCUAUAACGCCAUUCUCAUGUUCAAAAACACUGAUGACACCUUUAAGUGA